CUCAAAUCAUUUAAAAUUUAAAUGGAAUCUCAAAAUGAUUCCCAAUUAUCAAAUGAAGAAAAACAUUUCAUGGAUUUAGCGUUUAAUUACGCCCAAGAAGCUUUGGACAACCAAGAAGUUCCAGUUGGUUGUAUUUUCGUGUACAACAACCAAAUCAUAGCUUCCGGUCGUAAUACAGUAAAUGAAACCAGAAAUGCUACAAGACACGCUGAAAUAAAUUGCAUCGACGAUACAUUCAAAUACUCUAAAGAUAACCAGUUAAAUUUUCAUGAAGUAAUCAGGAAAAUGUGUGUGUACGUUACAGUUGAACCAUGUAUUAUGUGUGCUGCAGCAUUAUUUCAACAUAAAGUUUGUAAAGUUGUGUUUGGAUGUAAAAACGAUCGGUUUGGGGGUUCUACCGUGUUUGAUGUUGGGGCUGUUAUGAAACCUGUCACUAUUGUUAAAGGGGGUUAUCGAGGUGAGGAUGCUAUGGGGUUAUUAAAGGAGUUUUAUAAAGGUACUAACCCAAAUGCUCCUGCGUCGAAAGUAAAAUUAAAAGAUUUGAAAUAAUAAAAACAAUUUUAAUAAA